AUGGAUUCAUCUAAGGUUCCUGUCAAAUUGGCUAAGGUCAUCAAGGUGCUCGGUCGUACCGGCUCUCGUGGUGGAGUUACUCAAGUUCGUGUUGAGUUCAUGGAUGACACUUCCCGUUCCAUCAUCCGUAACGUCAAGGGACCUGUUCGUGAAGAUGAUAUCUUGGUUCUUCUCGAGUCUGAGCGUGAAGCCAGAAGAUUGCGUUAG